AUAUUAUUUCACACUUGGCGUAAAACUAGUUUGUUUUAUUUCAUUAAAUGAGUUUUUUGUUGCUUAAUUGAGUAUUUUUGUGCAAUUUAUUAUUAUUGUGGCGCCCUCUAUAAUAACAAUCAUCUGUCAAAUGUCAUUUGAUAAAAAAUGCAUAAUUCUCGUUAAAAUCACUUUAAAACGCAAAAAACAACCCAAAGUUGGUCUAAUCUGUUAGAUUAGAUAACGUAAUUUUAUUUUUAUGAUGUUUUUUGUUUGGUUUUGAUUUUUUUUUUCACGACUCGAAAAUGAGUAAACACAUGUAUUCAACCGCAAAUCUCACCGAUAAGGAGCUGAAAGAGCAAGGAAACCGCUUAUUUAGCCUCCGGAAGUACGAGGAAGCGAUCAAUUGUUACAGUAAGGCAAUUAUUAAAAAUCCCGAUGUCCCCCAUUAUUUCACAAACCGGGCGCUUUGCUACUUGAAAUUGGCCCGUUGGGAGCAAGCCUGCACCGACUGCAGGAGGGCCCUGGACAUGGACUCGAAUUUAGUCAAGGGGCACUUUUUCCUAGGCCAAGCCUUGCUAGAGACGGAGAAUUACGACGAAUCGAUCAAACACCUCAUGCGGGGUGAGUUCACCACCGCGGCUUUGCCCCAGUCUCAACCCCCCGUUUCAGCAUCCGAUUUAGCGAAAGAACAAAAACUCAAUUUUGGGGAUGAUAUAGCGGCGCAGUUGAGGGCCGCCCGCAAAAAGCGCUUUUCGAUCCAAGAGGAGAAACGGAUCGCCCAAGAAAUCGACCUUUUGACGUAUCUCACAAAACUGGUCAAGGGGGACAAAGAGACACAAAUCGAGAAUGUGAAAAGUCAAGCACUUGAAAGCGAGCUUGAGGAGGAGAAAAUACGCGAAAUUGAGGAGAAAUGCGACUCGCAUUUAAGCGAACUCAAUGCACUUUUUAUGAAAGUUGAUGAGAAGCGACGAAAACGGGAAGUGCCCGAUUAUUUGUGCGGGAAAAUCAGUUUUGAAAUUUUACAGGAACCUGUGAUAACGCCAAGUGGGAUUACGUAUGAUAAAAAGGACCUAGAGGAGCAUCUCCAGAGAGUUGGUCAUUUUGAUCCUGUCACUAGAGUGAAACUCACCCAAGAUCAGCUCAUUCCCAAUUUCGCAAUGAAGGAAGUUGUUGACGCAUUUCUUGCCGAUAAUGAAUGGGCCUUAGACUAUUAACUUGUAAAAAAUAUAUUUUUUAUCUUCCUAAGGGACACUGUUAUCUAAGCACAUUUUUCGCUUGAUUUCCGGAUGUAUUUCUCCUUAUUUAUGAUUAUAGUUAAGUAAUACGUUUCACAUUUGAAGUUUUGUCGUUUUCUUUUUUGGAUUUUCUAAUUUUUGACUGAAAUAAAACUAAUUGAAAAGUC